CUCCCUAAGCCUCUUCAACCCUUCCUCUAUAGAGAAAAUGAUAUUUCAAUCAAUGCGAACGUGACACGCGUCAACCUUAUUCAUGAUCGUAGUUAUUUGAGGAGCUUUUCUGCCAUUAUAAAAUAAUGCCUCUUCUUCACAAUGGUCCCUGGCCAUCAUCCUUCUUCUCUUCUGGUUGAGCCUUUCACUUCUUGCUCUUACAUUCUUUCUUCUCUAUCUGUUCUGUUGAUUAUCCUCCAUAAACUUGGCGUGCAACGCAACAUUCAAAAGGUUCAAACUGUUCUGUGGUCAUUCUUCAGAAGAAUUAUUUGUGGCUCCUGCUGUCACAUCAUCAUAUUCUUCUUAUAGUGUUGAAGGUUAUCUACUCUAGUAUCCUUCCAAGUUCAAUUCACCGAUUCUGAUGGAGCUUUUUCGUGGGUUGGUCGUAAUUUCACUUCUAGUGAUUAUUCUCCUUCAGAAUUCAAGCAAUGUACAAGGAAGAUAUCAUUAUCACAAGACAAAGAAUAAGUCCCACAACAAAGCAGAGUCCCCUGUUUCUCCAGCCCCUGAUAAUGUCCCUGAACCUCAAGAUCCCUCUGUUCCUUCCUCCCCUGUUAAUCCUCCUCAAAUCCCUUCAGACCCAUACCCCAAUGAUCCUGCAGGAAACUCCAGUUCAGACUGCAUUUUCGACGUGACAUCUUAUGGAGCUGUUGGAGAUGGUUCCACAGACGACACUUCCGCAUUUGUAGCAGCAUGGAAAGCAGCUUGUGCAGUAGAAUCAGGGGUUGUUUUGGCUCCUGAAGGUUAUGUUUUCAUGAUCACUUCAACAAUUUUCUCAGGGCCUUGCAAGCCAGGACUUGUGUUUCAGGUGGAUGGGUGCCUAAUGCCACCGGAUGGACCAGAUUCCUGGCCAGAAAAAGAUAGCAGAAAGCAAUGGCUUGUGUUUUAUCGACUAAAUGAUAUGACUUUCACUGGAAAAGGAACUAUUGAAGGCAAUGGAGAGAAGUGGUGGGAUCUCCCUUGCAAACCUCACAGGGGCCCUGAUGGCGAGGCAUCUAAAGGACCAUGUGACAGCCCUGCAUUGAUUCGUUUCUUCAUGAGCUCCAAUCUGGUAAUAAGCAAUUUGAGGAUUCAAAACAGUCCUCAAUUCCACAUGAAAUUUGAUGGCUGUGAAGGAGUUCUAAUCCAACAGCUGUCCAUAUCCUCACCUAAACUUAGCCCCAACACCGAUGGGAUCCACAUAGAAAAUACAAAGACUGUUGGAAUAUACAACUCUUUGAUUAGCAAUGGUGAUGAUUGCAUAUCAAUUGGCACUGGGUGCUCAGAUGUUGAUAUAGAGGGUGUGACCUGCGGGCCUAGUCAUGGAAUUAGCAUUGGAAGCUUGGGAGUACACAAUUCGCAGGCAUGUGUCUCAAACAUAAAAGUGAGUAAUGCAAUUAUAAGAGAUUCAGACAAUGGAGUGAGGAUCAAGACAUGGCAAGGAGGGACGGGUUCAGUUUCAGGCAUAUCCUUCCAGAACAUACAAAUGGAGAAUGUUAGAAACUGCAUGAUCAUAGACCAGUACUACUGCAUGUCAAAGGAAUGUCUGAACCAGACCUCAGCUGUGUACGUGACAGACAUAUCAUACAGAAACAUAAAGGGCACAUAUGAUGUGAGAACCCCACCAAUUCACUUCGCCUGCAGUGAUACUGUCCCUUGCACAAACAUAACACUGUCAGAAGUUGAGCUUCUGCCUGAAGAAGGAGAGUUGAUAGAUGAUCCAUUCUGUUGGAAUGCUUAUGGGACUGAAGAAACAGUGACUAUACCUCCUCUAAAUUGCCUGAGAGAUGGGGAGCCUGAGAGUGAGGGAGAGGUGGCUUCCUAUGGUUGCUAAGAUAAUAUACUAAUAAUCAUAUUUGUUUUGUUAUUAAUUUAAAAUUAUGGGUUGAUUAUUAUAGGACACUGUAUAGAGCCCAAGAACCAUUAUCUUUCUAUAUGGGUCUUGAUUACUAUUUAGGCUCCAUCCCUGUUUGGGUAUUUCCCCUCAUUGUGUGAUGAAAAUUUAGUAGAAGCUGAGCAUAAUUUUUUUUUUUUUUUU